AUGGCCUACCACAAACCUAACUACUCACUGGCCGCAAACGCUACAGCCCCAGCCGCCUCCUCCUCCCCGGGCACGUGUCUCCACAUCCACACCCUUUCCCGUGCCUCCCGCCUCUCGGGGCUCGGGCGGCGGGCCCCGGAGCGCCGCAGGCCCUUCUCCACCGACCCUGUCGCCUGCGGUGGUGGCCGCCGCGCCGAGCGGACCACAGGCGCCGAGGCGCUGCGCGCCGGGGCCCCCGCCGCCCCGUACAUCCGCCCGCCCUCCCGCGAAAGCAGCGGCGGAGGCGGCGGCCGCGGCGGUGGUGGCGGCGGCUGCGCCCCGCCCGCCGAACUCCCCACGCGUACAUCACCCAACAGAGGCCGCGGCGGCUUUGUUACCCAGGCCGGCCGGGGCGCACACGGGGGCGCGCCGCCACCCCGGCGCCCCGCGGCCUCGCCCGCCCUCCAGAGCGGCGGCCCGGGCCACGGAUCCAGGCCCCGGGUCCCGCCGGCCCCUCCGAACCGCGCCGCCACCCUCCUCCUCCUCCGGGCCACGGCGCGCCGCUCUUCCCCGGCGCUGCGCCGCGCUCGCCUCACCGAAUUUAAGGCGAAGAGAAAAGAGCCAGAAAUCCCCGAGCUGGCGGCAACUGCGGCGCUGUCUCCUCUGCGACCGGAACUAACGCGAGCAGGAGGGGAGGAAGAGGCGCCACCCCCGCCCCGGAGGCCUGCUAUCGCGAGAUUUCUACCCUGCGCCAGUUCGCACUCCCCCCUGCCGAAGGCCGCGGGGUUGCAGCUCGGGGGCACCGGCUAACACCGCGGUGGACUCAAGAAUGUGCCUUUAUCACAAAGUCUCCCGAGAUAAGGACCUUCAGAAGGUGUAUUCUCCGGGACAACAGAUAAAACUGCCCGCAUCCGGUUUGUGCCCUUUUCAUCCGCCAUCCCCCAAACACCGGGAUUUGUCCUUAAAAUCCCUUUCCAUGUACCAACUUCUCGCUCUCGCUCUCGCUCUCUCUCUCUCUCUCUCUCUCUCUCUCUCUCUCUCUCUCGCGUGUUCCAGAUCGAGGCCAGCCUGGUCUACAGAGUGAAUUCUAGGAGAGCCAGGGGUAUUUCUGACAUCCACCGUCCCUGUACUCAAACCUUUAAUCUUUCUUACUCGUACAUGGAAGGCACUUCUGUUCACUGGCAUUUAACAUAUACUGUAUUUGGAGUUUCGGAUUUGCCUCUAAGGCUUUAAGCCGCUGUUUGUUGGAUCUUGGCUGUCAAUUCUUUUCCGUUCAAGUUGGUAGGUCGGAGCGCUGAAGGAGCAGCGGUGGGAAAAUAGCCUAGCAGCAACAGCCUAACUUCUUGGAGGUACUGGUGGCCCAUAGGACUGAACUUUGGUGGGACCUAGGAAGGCCAGGCCGUGGAGCAUAGUGGGAAAUGAUGGGAAUCAGGGCUCUAAGUUCCCCUACCUUUAUCCUCUAACCCUGAGUCCGUUGGCAUUUCUCUUGGAAGUCUUAUUUCAUACUCUGCAUGAUAGACUACCACGUCCCCCACGUUAUGUUUGUUUCUGAUGUGUUAAGGGUACAGUAUUUCACUAAUUAAAAAGCCAUGUUUGUGUAGUA